ACCAUUACACAUCGAAGACUAACUGAAAGCUUACAUAUUAAGACAAUCUCACACUAGGGAUAAUCUUUAUAUUAUUUUUCGUUUGUUAAGGACUUAAACGGCAAUAUGAUGGCUUUUAAAAACUGCGGCGUGUGCGCUGGUGGGAAUCUUCUAAAGGGACGGACCGACUUCCUGGUUGCCCGGAGAAACAUGGCGGCGCUGCGGUUGAGUGCUGCAGUUCAACUCCUGAAGGACAAAGCAAAUGUGCUCUGGAGCAGUUCCCUUCAGCAGCAGCGCCUGCUGCGACUGCCCCAGGUCUCGCGAUGCAGCGCGGUCGCUUUCAGUGUCGGCAGCGGACUCUGUGCGGUCCCCAUUACGCAUCAGCAAGUGGAAAAUCUCUCGCAUGAAUCUCUCAUACGUCGGGCUUCUUGUCUGGUCACAGACAGCGCCAACACGCACCUCUCUCAGACCACGUUGGCACUGGUGGAUGCCCUAACACAAUAUGCCAAAGCACUACACACUCUCAUUGCCCUUCAGAAGCGAUACAUAGCCUCAAUAGGCAAACUCUCCCCCGCUGAAGAUGACAGCAUUUGGCAGGUGAUCAUUGGCCAGCGAGUGGAGGUUGGUGAUAGACUAGAGGAUUGUAACCGGUUUGAGUCAAACUGGAUAAAUGCAAUCAACAUCUGUGAAUUGUCAGCAGAGGCAGCGUACAAUUCAGGAGCGGAGCAUGCAUGUACAGCUACCAGGACUAACCUGCAGGUGGCACAGACCAAAGUGGAUGAGGUUAAAGAGAUCUCAAAAGAAGCCCAGAAAAAAUUGGCAGAGACUAAAGCAGAAGAAAUCCAGAGAAUGGCGGAAUAUUCCUCCAGCAUUUACCUGGAAAGCGUUCCAGAGGCCUACCUUCGCGAAGACUAGAUUGAUAUGACGAGAUAGUCGCUCAUUAUGCUGUUAAAUCAUUUAAAUCAUAUGGUUAUUGAAUUUGCCAUUUCUUUCAAAGCAAAUUGUGAGAGUCAUUAAAAUGUAAAUAUUCUAGUGCAUUUCAUUACUCAUUUAGUGAAGAAUAAAUUGAAGGUGUUCAAAUAAUUGAUCAUGCGGCUUUUAAGAUGCAUUGAAAGAUAUUCGGAAAAUGUAUGAAAAACAGUUAUAAAGAUUGCAUGGAAAUUAUAUUGAUUUGAUAUUUAUUUACAUAUAUAUAUUUUUUUUUCGUAUUUUAUUUUUGUGUACAUUUGUCAUUGUAAUGCUAAAUAUACAAAAGGAUUUUAUAUUAGUCCUUAAAGGUAUUAAAUUGUAAUGUUGCAAUUAGACUGUGUUGUUCUGUUCCUUAAAAGGUCACAUAAUUAAACGGAUGUUAUUUAUUACCUUCAUUGAUUUGAUGUCAAGUCUCUGAAAAUGUGAAAUGUAAUAAAUAGUUGUAUUGUU